GUGUCUGUGCGUGUGUGUGUGUGAGAGAGAAUUUGUCUGUCUGUCCAGUAGGGGGAUGGGGAUGUGUCCUCUGCUGCAAAUGAAUGAGAGGCAACAGCUGACGACUGGGAGAGGAGAGGAGAGGAGGAGGUGGAGAGGAGGAGGUUAGGGAGUGGAGUCACAGCGUAUUGGAACUGCGACAGACCCUCCUUUCGUUUCAUCUCCUCCUCUCCUCUCCUCCCCUGCCCUCCUCUCCACCAGGGAGCGACGCUGCCACAGUGGCCAGAGCAGGCUCUGUGCCGCAGCUCUCUUCUCAGCUCUCCUUCACUCAUGUGUUUUUCGUCUGCCCUUUCUUUCUUCCGUUCUCGCUUUUUUUCCUGAAUGAUUUUGUCCUCCUUGAACUGUGUCGGUGUGUGACCACUACCAAGCUUGAGUAACUUGAGGGCUUUGACUUUGAGGAGUAGGACUGAGAAAGUGGUGUGAGAGACCAGAGAGAACAUGACCAGAAUCGAGAGAUGAAGGGAUCAAAACUUUUUGUCGACAACCAAAAGAGAAACACACCAAAGGCGAUGAGUCGUUUUUAUUUUUGCCGUUGUACAUUUCCAUUUAUCUAUUGAGGAUACCGGGACAUGGUGCUUACCGCUCGACCAACAGUGGACCAAGUGAGGUCUCAGGAAUGAUGCCUUGUCCGUUCAGUAGCCUGUAAAAGCUUGCUGGAAUUUAAAAUAAUGUGUAUAUUUAUCGUCUGUUGUCAUCAUCAUCUUAGUAUAAUUGGAUGACUCAGUUGAUAGGAUUAUCAUUCUCAUUAAGCUGUGUAUUGAACUUGAUUAAUCCGUGUACCGAGCCAAGUAUCCUUGGAAGACAGUCUGAGUCACCAUGCUGGAUACCAACCACUGCCUGCACAUGGACACUUCCUGCUUUUCAAGUGAACCGAUAUCCGGGAUUCCGGAUUCCAGCAAGCCAGGAGAGAACAGCAUGGAUUACGAGGGGCAGACCUACCAUAGCUUGAAAGAAGUCCUACAGCUCAAACUACAGCAGCGACGUACACGAGAGGAGCUGGUCAGUCAAGGGAUCAUGCCUCCACUGAAGAGCCCAGCAGCUUUCCACGAGCAGAGGAGAAGUCUGGAGCGCGCCAGGACGGAGGACUAUCUGAAACGCAAGAUCAGGAGUCGUCCUGAGCGGUCGGAGUUGGUGAGAAUGCACAUUCUGGAGGAGACAAUAGCGGAGCCUUCUCUGCAGGCCAAGCAGCUGAAGCUGAAGCGAGCUCGGCUGGCGGACGACCUGAAUGACAAGAUCUCGCACCGGCCCGGACCCAUAGAGCUCAUCCACAAGAACAUCCUGCCCGUGCACACCAUCAUUGGUGAGGGGUCACCAAAGGGAGACAGCUCUUCAUUGGACGAGGACAGCAGUGAUGCACUGUCGCCUGACCAACCGGCCAAUCACGACUCUCCGCUAGGAUCCAGUCAGCAGCACUCGCCGCCUGACAUGGUCAACCUGAACAGCAACCCCUCCCCACCACAGUUCCUGCCCUCCCCGCCCACUCUGCAGCUGAAUGGCGGCGAUGUGCCCGCCCCCCACCACACACUGACCAAUGGGGCCGUGGCAGCCUCCACUCCUCGGCCAAUCACGGGCCACACAAAGUCCUCGUCCAAGUCCAGCUCGGAGCGCGCCUCGCAGCGGCCCAAGAAGGCCAAGGACAGCAAGCCCAAGGUGAAGAAGCUCAAGUACCACCAGUACAUCCCCCCGGACCAGAAGGUGGACCGCGAGCCACCGCCCCAGAUGGACUCGUCCUACGCCAAGCUGCUGCAGCAGCAACAGCUCUUCCUGCAGCUGCAGAUCAUCAGCCAGCAGCAGCAGCACUACAACUACCACACCAUCCUGCCCGCACCACCCAAGCCCCCCAGCGAGCAGCAACAGCCCCCUCCCGCCCCUGCCCCACCUACCCCUGCCAACACUGGGCCCUCUCCAUCUCGUGCUGUGCCAACCCCCAACGCUGCCACCACCAACACCCCCACCUCCACCAUCAGCUCCCCCUCCGGCAGACAGAGCCAACCCCCCUCUGCGGAUGCCAAGCCGGGCACCCUGCCCGCCAACCUGGAUGAAUUCAAAGUUGCUGAGCUCAAGCAAGAGCUAAAACUGCGAGGUCUGACCGUGUCGGGCACCAAGAACGACCUCAUCGAGCGGCUGAGGAACUACCAAGAGCAGAACGGCGGCGCUCAAAAGGGGACGGGGCAAGCCACUGGCCCCACCUCCAUGGUGAUCAGCCAAUCCAAAGAGGCUGCUGCGGGGAAAACAGGAAGUGUUGCCCUUGUCAACGGACACGGCCCCGCCCACCCUCAUCACGUGAUGCGCUUCAGCAGCACUAGCUCCUCCCCUCCGGUAUCUCCCGCCCCCUCUGAUCGCUCAUUGGCCGGGAUGAGCCCUGACGAGACCAGCUACAAUGGAGAUGUGUUUGGGGAAAUGGUGAGUUCCCCCUUGACCCAGCUGACUCUGCACCACUCCCCCGAGCACCUGGAGCUCCCCCUGGUGGUGAAAGAGGAGCCUCGCGGCCUCUCCCAGCUCCCCACCUGCCUCUCCAGCCCCCGGCUUCAACAAGCCCCAGCACCAGCCCAGGGGACCACCACUAACACCACUGCCCUUCCCCUGACGCUGCUCUCCCCCACCACCACCACCCCCACGGGGGGCCUGGACACGGACAAAGACCAGAUGCUCCAAGAAAAGGACAAGCAGAUCGAGGAGCUGACGCGCAUGCUGCGGCAGAAGCAGAGGCUGGUGGAGACCCUGCGGUCGCAGCUGGAGCAGGGGAAGCGCGUUGUCGUCGGAGGGAGCAACGUCACCGCAAUCAAUGGCCUCAACGGCCUGACGGAGGUCCCAAACGGCUUUGCCAGUGUCACCCUGUCACAGCUGAACGGCACGAUGUUGACUGCCGCAGUGUCCAGGGUGAAGGAGGAAGUGGAAGACGAAAAGAUGGCCACCUCCUCAUCGCUGUCAUCAACGGCGAUGUCGUCGCCGGCUACAGUCGCCACAACCAACGGCCCCGUUGCCAUGGAGACGCAGCAGUCUCAGCCCCAGCCGGCGGUGCAGGUGCAGGUUCAGGCCCCGGCCCAGAAGCCGCCAGCACAGACGGUGUUGAGGAGGGUCCAGAUGCCGUGCUCCCAGCAGACGCUGCUCAAGCUGCAGCAGAUACAGAGACUGCAGGCCCAGCAGCAGCAGCAGCAGCAGCAAGAACAGGAGCAGCAGCAGCAGCAAGUACAGCAGCAGAUCCAGUUGCAGAGGAUUGACCUGCAGCAGCAGCAGAAACUGCAGCAGCUGAUCAUCCAACAGAAACAGCAGCAGAGGAAACAACAGAGGCCACAGAAACAACAGCAACAGCAACAGCAGCAGCAGCAACAACAACAACAACAACAACAGCAACAGCAACAACGACAACAGCAGCAGCAGCCCAAACCACAGCAGGUCCCGCAAGUCUUGGUCUCCCAGCAGCCAAACGGCCAGGUCACCACCACCACCUCUUCAAUCUCAUUGGACCUGCUGAAGGGACAUCCCGCCCCCACGCUGGUGACGGACGGCAAUGGCAACCACUACCUGAUGUACACGCUGGCCAAUGGCAGCACAGACGGUGGUCAGCUGACCGUCACGCCACAGAACAAGACCAACGGACGCAUCACUCUGCAGCGGCUGCAGUCUACCCCUGUUAAGCUUCCCAGCCAAUCAGCUGUGCAGGCCGUCUCCAUCAACAAGCAAUCAGAGCCAAAGGAGAAGAUGACGCCUGUCAAACAGCCCCCGAAAAAGAAGGCGGGACUACAUAUGCAAACCAAUGGGGUGCAGGAGCCCAGCAUGCCCCUCACAGCUCCGCCCAAUCUGCAGCCUUUCUUUUUCGACAAGGACUCCCUAUUGGACCAGACCUCCUCACUGCUGCCAAUCAAGCAGGAGGUGUGUCCUACCUUCGAUCGACACACCUUGUUCACCCCUCCCUCUCCUAAACCGACCUCUCGCUCAGCUCGACGCAAAGAGAACGGUUCAAGCAGUCAGCACAUCGACGAUUUGUUUGACAUCCUGAUCAAGAGUGGAGAAAUCUCCUCCAACUUCAAGGCCAACCCAGACCCGUCCCUCUCCGAGCUGCAUUCCAACCCCCCCACGCCUUCUCCCCCCUCCUCCCCUCUCCGCCUCUCGCCGCCCACCCCUCCCCCCGAGCCCUCCUCCACAUCGUCCUCCCUCUCCUCCUCCUCCUCCUCUUCCUCCCACCUCGGCCUCCACGACGGCCUGACCCUGACAGGAAGUGGUCAUCACGGCCGCUUGGAGGACUUCCUGGAGAGCACGACGGGCACCCCGUUGCUGACGGGUGGCGGCGUCGGCGACGACUCGGACGGCCCUCUGACGCUGAUCGACGAGCUGCACAGCCAGAUGCUCAGCACGCCCAGCAUUCUAGAACAGCCGCCGACGCCCAUGGACACCAGUGACAUGGUGGGAUUCGGAUCUCCUAACCACUCCCACCAUCACAACCCGGCAUCAGUCGGGGUCAGCCUGGACUUUGGGGACCCCACCCUGGACGGCAUGGACUGGCUGGAUGGCAUCUCCUUAGGUGGUGGGGGCAGCGGUGGUACUGGCGGGGGUGUCGGUAGUAGCGUUGGUGGUGGGAGUGUUGGUGGGGACGGGUCAGGGUGUUUGAACGGCAUGGGGAUGGGUGUUGGCGGAGGAUUAAACGGUGGCAGCGACGGGGGCACCACCAUUCUGGCACCGCUGGGGUCCCAGACGCCACCCAGUGUGUUCUCGGCAGACUUUUUGGACAGUUCGGAUCUGCAGCUGCACUGGGACUCCUGUCUGUAGCCAUCAAGACACACACCCCCUCUGCCACUCUCCUAAUCUCCCUUCACCCCCCUGACCAAUCUGUGGACAAGUUUGGACGCGCUUGUAGCUGCCAGAACCACUCCCACUGCCCCACUGCCUUUCACCACUCUAAAGUGUGGAGAUGGACUUUGGCCUGAAUGCGGGGUUGUGUUGCUGUGUUGGUUAGCAGCAGCAGCAGCAGCGGCGGCAGGAUAUGCAGUGCUGACGCAGGCAGCCAGACGUGUUGAGCACACACAUGCAACCAUCCCCUCCUCCACACUGUCCCCACCUUCUAAUCUGUGGACGUGAAUGUGGACUGACCCCUGUCCCGGACUCGGGCCAAGCGUGGCCCAGAUGUGGCUGGCUGUGUUACGGAGGUCAACAGCAGCUGAUGCAAAUAGAGGCUACCUACACACCUCCAUGAACUUGUGCACAUAUACUGAAAUCACCCCUACCCCCUUGCUGCCAUCAACUUUUGCUGGAAUAUUUCUGAAGAUGCAAAAAAAAAAAAAAAAGAUCAAA